AUGGAAACAUUAAUUGAGAAAAAAAAUUGCUUACAACCAUACCAAGAAUUGAUCAUUUGCAUAAAAUAAGCAGCAUCAUUAUCUAAUCCCAAUAAAAGACCAUCAUAUACAUCUAUCUGUUAAGUAAUAGAAAAAAUAAACUUAGCAAUCAUUUUAGAAAUUAGGUUAGUGUGUUGUGAAAGAGGAGAAAUGA